AUGGUAUCGCCACGUCAACGUCGCCAACAACGAAUACAGCCCCAGGCCCACCGCCCUCUUCAUCACUCCUUAGUGGCGCAAAAUUCUUCUGCUGGCUCUAAUACCAAUGGGCCGUCGUCUUCCACUGUCGGUGGAGGCACUGGUGGCAGUGGAGGUACCCAGUCCAGCAGUGCGCAACAGGAGGAGAUAUCCACUAUUUUUGUGGUCGGGUUCCCUGAUGAUAUGCAGGAAAGAGAAUUUCAAAACAUGUUCACCUUCUCUCAUGGGUUUGAAGCUGCGACGCUAAAAAUCCCAAACAAGGAAUCUACUUCGUAUGGUGCGGGAUCGAACCUGGCCUCGUCUUCAUCCGCUGCUAAUGCGGCUGGCAUUAGUGUUGGAGCUAGUGACCCGUACAAUCUUGUCACGGUGAAUUCGGGAGGUGUCGUGCUUGAUUCAAGGGAUGGUACGACUACGACUGCUUCUACCUCUGGUGCGGCGAAUUCCUGGACGGAUGAUACGCUGUUUACGAGAAAUGACAACGCUUCAUCGAACGCGACCAUGCAGCCGCCCCCAGCCCCUGGACCAGCACCGCCUCGAAAGCAGAUCAUUGGAUUUGCUAAAUUUGCAACGAGAGCGGAUGCCAUUGCAGCUAGGGAUACGUUACAAAGCAAGAGGGUCGAUGUAGAGAAAGGGGCGGUGCUGAAGGCUGAGAUGGCGAAGAAGAAUUUGCACACGAAGCGGGGCGUUGGUGUGGGUGGCACUGGUGGGCCUAGCAGUGGUGGCGGCAGCGGCAGUGGGCCGUCGGGUAGCACCCACCACAGCAACAACAAGGUCCUCAAGUCAAUGGUAAUGGCCAUAUUAUUGGAUCGUUGGGAGGGAUGA